CCAACUUGUCCAGUCUCGAUCUGUAACUGAAGAAGUUCUCAGAGAAAGAGACUGCUUUUACAUACAAAUCGAAUCAGCUAUGAGUAUCUGGAUGAUCUGCAAAGAGGUGUACCAUAAGGCUCCUGGUAUGCUUUUUGUUUCAGGGUUCCUGAAGAAAAUUAUUCACCACUUUCUUGGACUGCUCCGAGUGUUUCGAGGAGAACAAGAUACAGCCGCCAGCGCAAGUGGUCAGCACCAGAAGCAGGCUCAGCCGGCGAAGCUUCAUGAUCCUCGACCGGGAGAACUCGAGGAGAUUCUCAUCGCUACUGUGCAAACAGGUAGCAAGGUAGAAGAACGAGACCCUUCUGAUGACAGGCAUUGUAGGAUUUGCGAUACAAGUGGUGAUCAUAGUACUGAAACGUGCCCCGAAAGAUCCAAGGCAUAUGUAGUGCUUUGUGGGAUUUGUGAUGAUGGCCCAUGCCAAAAUGAGGCUGACCACAAGGAAGAACAUUACGAAGAACUCCUUUUUUGUUAUAUUUGUAACAAGGUUGGUGAGCACUGGACUGAAAAUUGCCCUGACAACGAUUGCGACUUUGAUCCUCCCAAUGGCUGGGACCUUACAGAGAAUAAACGGAUAGAUUUGUUCCCUCCGUUAUAGGCCAAAAGUGCCAAUAUCAUCCUCAAAUAUUUUUAAAUUUACCAUAUUAGAUAGAUUGACCUAAUUUCGAAAGGCUUUUACAGACCAUCUAUACACUGCAUUGGAUCAUCAAGGAAUCACAACUUUCAGGGAUGAUCCUGAACUUCACAAAGGGGAAGCUAUUUCUCCAGCACUUUUUGCUGCAAUUGAAGAAUCAAGAUUUGCUCUCAUUGUUCUCUCACAAAAUUAUGCAUCGUCAACAUGGUGCUUGGAUGAAUUUGUAAGAAUUCUUGAAUGCAUGAAAGCAAGAGAAACGGUGCUGCCAAUUUUCUAUGAUGUUGAUCCUUCUGAUGUACGAAAGCAAACAGGGAGUUUUGGAGAAGCCUUUGCUAAUCAUGAAGAAAGGUUUAGGGAUGACAAAGAGAAAGUGCGAAGGUGGAGAUAUGCUUUAACUGAAGUGGCAACUUUCUCUGGGUGGAAUUCAAAGGAAUGGUAUACAUUUACUCUUUUCUUUUUUGUCUCUUUCAA